AUCAAAAAUUGAUUAUUUCAUUCAAUUUCUUUUUCUCUCUUCUAUAAUGUAAAAAAAUAAUUAACGAAAAUAUCAUUGUGCAGAAUUUACAAGAACUCAUAAUAUCUGCAUUUCAUAUAAUAUAAUAAAUAUUUUUAUAACCGUCAAAGAACCAUAUUGUUGAUUCACUAGCCAUAAAUUACGAAAUUCUAUAUUUUCCUUGUUCAAUCUUGAGUUUGUUUAUAUUGAACUUUGUUCGCAGUGCGUGUAAUCGUGUUUUGUCCUUAAUAAUUCCAAUUAUGUUAAAACAGUUUUAGUUUUUCCUAUCGGAAUUUUUAUUUCCAUAAUCUCGUAACAGCUGUUUUGUGCUUACUAGACUUUGAAUUGUGCAAUCUAAGUUCUUUGAAUCUUAUCAGAGGUAAAAGGUCCUUUCGUGGUAGUGUCGUAAGUGUAUCCAAUAUGGGUAACAAAUCAUCUCUUUUGUUACGCGAAGAAGAAAUCGCUCAGAUUCAAGAGGAAACUGGAUUUACACCCAACCAAAUCGAGAGGCUGUACUCCCGUUUCACCUCACUAGACAAGAAUGACUGCGGCACUCUCUCCAGGGAAGACUUCUUGAGGAUCCCGGAGCUAGCCAUCAACCCACUGAGCGAGCGUAUAGUCCACUCCUUCUUUGCUGAGAGUCAUGAUGAUAGGGUCAACUUCCUGCAAUUCAUGAGGGUUCUUGCCCACUUCAGGCCUAUCAGGAAGAAUAGGGAGAACAAACUUAAUAGCCGGGAUGAGAAGCUGAGAUUUGCAUUUUCAAUGUAUGACUUGGACAAUGACGGCAAGAUCUCAAGAGAUGAGCUGCUAGCCAUACUGCACAUGAUGGUCGGAGCUAACAUAAGUGAAGAGCAACUAACGAGCAUCGCUGAACGUACAAUCUUGGAAGCUGACACCAACAACGACCAGAUGAUAUGCUUCGAGGAGUUCUGCCACGCUCUGGAGAGGACAGAUGUGGAGCAGAAGAUGUCCAUCCGGUUCCUCAACUGACCCCCGCACUCCUGAACCGAGUAUAUUAAGUACAUUCUGAUGUUUCUGCUCGCUAUUAUCCUGUAUGGGCUGUUUAAUAAGAAAGCUUAAUGCGAGAGUUUGUUUGUUCGGUAUUCAGUAUAACAGAUUUAGAUGAAUUUAAUAUGAAAAUAGAAAACAUCCUGGUACUAAAUCCUGCAUCUAAAGUUAUUAUAGCGAGUGACACCACGGGCGACAACUAGUGAAGCUAUUAACAAUGCUUAGAUAUAUGUAUAUGAGUGAUUUAGAUUAAGCGUUUUGCUGUUCUAGUUUAGUUUUUUAAAAUGUUUCAAUAAUGCAGCAAACAGGUGGGUCGUUUUAUUUAUUAUUAUUGAUUUUCGUUUGAUAUGCAUUAUAUAGUUUGUAACAUCACAAACGAUAUUAUCUUAUUUAUUGUCAAAGAUUCUAUGUUUCUCACAGCCUGUCGUCAUUUCGUUGACAACAUGGCUGAGAUGCUACCAAAUGCCAAUUAUUUAAUUAAAAAUGUUCAGAAAUUCCAGAAUUAUUGGUGUUGAACCUCUUUCUUAAUAUUCUGUUCAUAUUCUUUUUCUUUAUAUCCUGUGAUGGGCAAUGACUUGUGAUAAGACAGGGAUGAUUGUAAAGAUAAUAAACUAUUGGAAAAUAUUGUAGGAUUUUGAUGGUGAAAUAUCUAUGUUUGCAUAUUUGCAUGGACAUCUCCAUUUUGAGUAAACUCCCUUAUUUAUCUAGCUAGAGGAAACUAGAAGUUUCUUAGCGGAGAUAGCGACUACGUAAAGUCGAGAAAAGCAAAAUGAACAAAUAAAAUGUUUAAAAACUUAGCUAGUAUAGAUUGGGCACAUACUAAAGAAUAUUUUAAAUACUUACAUAAAUUGGUAUUGUUUGGAAAAUAGUUUUAUCAAGAGUAAGGGAGGUUACAAAAGUAAUUUUUAUUAUAGUGUUUAACGUUGUAUCUAGUGAAAGUAGAUAGAACUGUUUGCACUAUAGUGUUUCGCAUUUAUAUCGACAAAUAGAAUUGUUGACAGCACAUAGCAGCAUUUACCUCCGAUAGAGGAACCACAAUACUUAAGUACAGUCAGGAAAAAAUGUGUUGGUACCAUUAGCGAAACCUCAAAAGCAUCUAGCGGUUUCUUCAAUUGAGCAAUUAUAAGGUACUUAUUUUAGUGUUUCGAUAAUUAUCUACAUACUUAUAUAAUUUCUCUAGUGCCUGUACAAAGAAAUGUUGAGAAAAUUGAAAUAAUCUAAAGUAACUGUCGACACUCAAAAGGAGUUAGCGUGAUGUUAAUUGUAUACUACGUAUUUUUAUUUAAAUGUAAUUGUUAAUUAUUUCAAUAAAUUAUGUCCAUAAGAUUUACAGAAUUGUAUGUAUAAAAAGAAUUAAUUAUUUACGUGUUCGUAUGUAGGUUAAUUUCAAAUUCGUAUUUCGUAUUCAAGUUGGUGUCUAGAAUUAGGAAUAAAUAUUUUUUUGUACAAAA